AUGGACUAUUUCAAGUUCUCCAGCUGUAUCUUGGCUCUUUUGUCCACCCUAUCCUCAGCUGCAGCAACCUGCCCUUCCGAGUGCUUAUGCAGACAAAAUGACAGGUAUGUAGACUGCUCAGGCCAAGGCCUAACAGAACUCCCAGAGAACAUCCAGGACAAUAUAACACACCUAAAUAUUUCCCACAAUGGCAUUAAAGAUCUCAGCAAUAAGCUGACCAAUUUCACCAACCUGAGGCUCCUCGACAUGUCAAACAAUUUGCUCACUCGUAUGCCAACCGAAUUUCCAAGGGCACUUUGGGAAAUCUAUGCUGCUAACAAUCUUAUCAAAGUACUUGAGAAGGAAGACACUGUCACCCAGUGGAAUCUGAAAAUACUGGAUCUGUCUGACAACCUGAUUGAAAGGGCUUUUCUAAUUAACAACACAUUAAUUAACCUCAAAUUCCUCAAUGUCAGUGGAAAUAGAUUCUGGACAGUCCCAACCAACACACCAUAUAACUUGGAAACUUUAGAUUUAUCUCACAAUAACUUGCAGAAUAUAUUACCCGAUACUUUUCGGCAAAAAAGACUUUCAAAAUUGUACUUGAACAAUAACAGUUUCACGUUUAUUCCAAAUGGAACUUUUGAUCAACUCACUGGCUUGCAGUUGAUUACACUGUAUGGAAAUUUAUGGGAAUGCAACAAUCUGGAUCAUAUUUCCUAUCUACUGACCUGGACAAAAAGUGCGACAGCAACUGUGCUUGGAGUUCCGUGCACGAAAGAAACUGAGUCUACUCAGAAAGCAACGAUUACCUCUGACCCAAGCACGAUGACACUACCAACUCAUACUUCAAGUUUCACUCAUCAACAGGCUAAAAUCAGAACAACUCCAACUACUGCGUCCAAUGGGAAUGAGGCAAAAACACUCCAAUCUUUUGUGAGUCAAGGAACUGAAACUUCAUCCUUUUUACAAAAAAUCAAAAAUGCCAGUUUGAAUUCACCUGAACGAAGCUCUGUUAGUGAACCGGUGUUGGAAAUAACAACCCAAAGCAUUACUACUCAAACAUCAGGUCGCACUGAAAGUUCAAGCAAUCCUCCUAUUGUUACAAAUACAACAGAUAUACUUCCAGCAUCCUCAAUGCUCAUUACAGCUGCUCAGUUUACCUCCAACAGCACCAUUUCAACCUUGUUCAUCACAAUGGCUGACAGAAGUGGAACUCUGAACAGCCAGAUCAAUGGCUCAAUGCCUCUGUCAACCUUUGAGCCAAUGCCCACUGCAAGUCACAGGCCAACUGCAUCAGUUACAUUCUCAACAUAUUCUGAACCAAGUAUCAUUAAUGCAACCACAUCUCAUGCUGCAAUGAGGAGUAUUUCGAGUACCAUUAAGAAUAAUCCAACCAAUCUGACAACCUCACCAAAGGUCAAUGGAAUCACUGGAACCACAAAUGUCAUGAAGUAUAAUGCAACAACAGCAGACAGCACAAACUCAAAAGCACAUGAAUGUAUAGGAAUAACACUCUAUAUCAUGGCUUUCCCCAUGCUGGUAGCACUGGUUAUUUAA